AUGAACGGGUUCGACUCGUUCUUCCCGAGCAACUCGGCGCCGCGCAAUCCGUACUAUCGCCACUCGCAAGCGCGACGGCCUCGCGCGUCCACAAGCGAUCGCUUUUUCGUACUAGUGGGCACCAUCGUGGUCUUCAUGCUCUUUGUGGGAUACCAGAACUUUCGAAAUGUAGCGCCUUUAGGCGGUAGUCCUGCAUCCAUCGAGGAGCAAGCGGAAGCUGCAGCUGCUCUGUCUGGCAACGAGAAACGACCGAGUCUGCGAGCGACAACGACGGACGAGGAGACAGAUACGAACCAGCAGAAGCGGACGCUGAGCUCCUCACCUUUGAGUCUCAAGAUCAUGACCUUCAACUUGAGAUUCGCCGGUACGGGUGACGGCCUCAAUAGCUGGCGUUAUCGUAAAGACCACGUGGCCGACAUCAUCGAUCGCUAUCAUCCUGCCAUCAUGGGCACGCAGGAGGGACUCAAGGCGCAGCUGGCGGAGCUGGAGAGCCUGCUGAAUCACCCGUACGAACGCUUUGGCGUCGAACGUGAAGAGAACGGCGAGUUUGAGCAGAUUUUCUACGACGCGGCCGUGCUGGAGCGUCUGGAUGACGGGAACUUUUGGCUCUCGGAGGAACCAGACACGCCCGGUACUCAGGGAUGGGACGCUGCUUGUGUGCGUAUGGUCACAUGGGGUAAAUUCCGUUUACGUGCAACGCAACAGGAGCUUUUUGUGUUCAACACGCAGCUGGAUCAUGUGGGUCCAAAGUCACGCGAAGAAGGCUCGAAGCUACUGUGGGCACGCAUCCAGCAGAUCUCGGGGGAUGCCCCAUUCUUCCUCAUGGGAGACUUUAACACUUAUCGCCACACUAGUACAUACAGCUACUUCACAUCCCAAGAGGGAGGACCGCAACUUCGUGAAGCGUGGCCUGAAGCGGCGAAGCAGAUUGGUGACGUAUCGUACACGUAUCACGGCUGGGCUGGCGUUAAGAACGACGGCGAGAAGACUGCUGUCCGUGCUGCGAACCACAUCGACUGGAUCUUCUAUCGUCCGCAGAUGAAGGUGCUGGCAACUGAAGUCAUUACUGAAGAUCGAAAGGGCCGCUACCCGUCGGACCACUACCCGAUUCAAGCCGAACUUCUCUUCCCUAGCCCAGCAGAACUGCCACCUCCAGGUGCUAAUUAG